UGUUUUUCAACUCUUUUCUUUCUUUCCAUAUGCAAUGAAUCCAAACUUUCCAUAUAAUGCACAAGUAAACCAGCCCAUGUACCCACCUCGAGAUCAGCCUGUGCCUUCAUUGCCACAAGCACAGCAUCCGUCUGCAAUUGAUCAGUCACAAAAUCGUCGAUCGCGUGUUAGUAGAGCAUGCGAUAUAUGUCGGCGUAAAAAAAUUCGGUGUGAUGUGGACGUCAAUUUCCCUUGUUCGACGUGUGUACAGAGCAGUUGGGAAUGUACUUUUAAAGAGCAAGCUCGUAAAAGAGGCCCUCCAAAGGGAUAUAUCGGUAACCUCGAGAAUCGUUUGAAGAAAAUGGAGAAACUAUUGGAGACAUUGUCAGGCACUUCACAGCCUCCGAAUUUUGACGAUGAAGAUGAUGAUGACGAAGAAGAAAUCAAAGAAGAGGAGGAAGAACAACAGAUAAUAGAAAGGAAACGUCCCAAAAAAUCUCAUCCUUCCACACAUCCCUCCGUAUCACCACCCACAGAAGAAAUAACCAUCAAUAUACCGACCUCAAAGAUGGCUACGAAUGCUACUGUGAAUGAAGACAAUAAUAGGAAGAGCAGAUUGAAAGUCAUGGAACCCAAAAUUGCCCGUUACAUCGGUAGCUCUUCUGGACUUUAUCUCAUGUCGAAGACUAGGGAUGAGGAGACCAUGCGAAAAAGCUUAUUGUUUAAGGAUGAGAUCGGAACCUAUCGAUUCGGUGCUGCUAGCGAUGCAAGUGACGACAUGAUGGUUCUGCGAGACCAAAUUGCGUCAGAACAAGCAGGGGAUGAAGAUCGCGAAGAGGCGAGAGUAAGCCUGGAUGUAUUGUCAUACCUCGUAGACUCCUACUUUUCAGGUGCCCACCAAUUGUUGCCGAUCAUUGACAAAAAGACAUUUAUGGAGGAAUUCAAAAAACAUAAGGACGGGGAGCCACUUUUUUCAACGGCGCUGCUAUAUUCAGUGUGCUCUGUGGGUUGCAGACUCUUAUAUAUAUCAGAUCCUAUCUUUCAGAAAUGUAAGAUGAGCAAGGACCAAUUGCUUCUGAUGGUCAUGGAUAAAGCAACCGCCGCUGUUAGCCGCAAUUACCUUAAUACAAAGAUGGAGAUUAUUCAAGCCUUGGUUUUGCUCGCAAGUCAACCCAAUUUCGCUGCUAACGCUUACACGGCAUGGAUGUUCAGUGGCAUGGGUGUUCGUAUGGCACAAGAUUUAGGAUUACAUCGAAAUAUACCAACAUGGAAGAUGAACGAACGCGAGUCAGAGCAACGGAAACGCAUAUGGUUCAGUGUGUACAUUGUUGAUAGAUGGUGUUGUGCAGCGGUUGGUCGACCGUUGGCCAUAUCUGAAGCAGAUUGCGAUAUUGAACUUCCUGAGCUGAUUCAGGAGGACGCCUUUGACAAUACUACCACGCGACACCAAAAGUUAUUCCGUUAUAUGAUAUCCCUUUCAACUAUCCUUGGCUAUAUACUUCGACAGCUCUAUUCUCCAAAGGUCAAAGCUAUGGGUUUGACCAGCCCCGGUGUUGCUUCUGUUGUAUUCGAACUAGAGGAGCGACUGAAGAACUGGCUAGAUGAUCUUCCACCUGAAUGCAAAUUGUCUGAAAGUGACUUGAAUCGAUUGAAACAGAUACGCCAGUUCCCACUCCAGCGAUCUGAACUUGAAUUGAAAGACAAGUUGGAGACAGCAGGCAUUUUAACCUUGUGCCAGCAAACCCUCGUCAUCCUCUUAAAUCGACCCUUCAUCACGACCAGUAAAGAUAUUGCUAUCAACUCUAGAUUACUAAAGGCUGGCGAUAACUGCCGCAAUGCCGCGAAAAUAAUUGCCGAUGUAGCUUCGGCUUUGAGGAUGAGUGGAAUCAAUUCUAGCUUUGAAUGGGUUUUCACAUCCUACGCUGUCUAUCAAGCCACUCUUAUACAUCUCUUCGAUUGUGCUGCGGAUUCGGAAGAAGCCGCCCUCCAAGCUCGAGAAUAUGUUCGGAUAUGCGUGGAUGAAUGUUUAAAGCCAGUCUUUGACUCUAUUCCACAUGGUUGGAGGAUGAUCCAUUUCAUCCGCAAUGUCCUCGCUGGUAUACCGACGUUUGAAGAGCGGCAAAAGAUGAAAGCCAGUGACAGCACCGUCCCUAGCACCCUCAGCAAAGGAAAACCUCUCGAUGGACCUGUCAAACAGACCGAAGCCCCGGUUAAUGCCACUACCAAUUCAAGCAAUCUCCAUCCAGGAACGCUAAACCAAAUGGUUACUUCAUUCUCAGACGGAGUCACCACGCCUGAUCCAUCAACGUAUGCCACUGGUUCUUAUCCCUCUAGCCUUGGAUAUCCUGGCGGCCACGUAGCUGAAUUAAAUACCGCUGCUCCAUUUUGGGGUGCCUCUAGUGCCUUUGGAUUCGACUGGCAAGGUAAGGUUUCAGAAGGCAUUAAAAUAAGCUUUGUUAAAUGACAAUCAGUAAUGCUUAUUCUAUGAUAGAUUGGGACACGGUCCUGGCACCACAGGCCAACAACAUUCAGAACAUCAACCAAGGUGGCAGUAAUCAAGUACCCAACCCACCUUCAUUUAUAUCAUAACAGCUUCUUCUUGUAGACAACAGCAUCCUCAUUUAUCUAUAAAUUAUA